AUGCUGCUCCCCGGGCUUGCGCUCCAGCCCUGCGUCCGCGACUCUGUCGUCCGGGCCCCGGGCCCAGCCUGCAGGCCCGCCGUUCGCCGACCGCCGGGGGCGCCCGACAGGCGCGAUGCCUGUGCGGGACCGGCCACCUGUGGCCGGCCGAAGCACGGCUUGGUUGGGGCCAACGGUUUAGAGGCGCCGCUGACUGGCGCUCUGCAGGGGAUGCGCAGGUGUCCGGUUUGCUGUUGCGCACCAGAGUUGCCGAGCGACGGGCUCGUUACCAUUCCCAUUUUUCCCCUCAACAUGGUGGCUUUGCCAGCGGCGACGGUGCCCCUGCAAAUUUUCGAGGCCAGGUAUCGUGUCCUGUUCAGCACGCUGCUUGGCCCCGUUGAAGGGGUGGAUGAAGAUCUCAUUCAACAGGACAGUGCCUUUCUAGGAUCCAGGAGAUUUGGAAUGUGUUUCACAAGCCAGGGAGGAAUGGCGAAAGUUGGCACUAUCCUUGAGAUACAGCAGCACCUCCCCCUUGAAGACGGGCGCAUGCUUGUCACCUCAAGCGGCGUACAGCGAUUCCAGGUGGUUAAUGUAGUGCAAGAACGACCUGUACUUGUGUGCGAAGUGCAAGUAUUGCAUGACACGCCUGGCGAAGAUGAAAAAACGGUAUUGAAGCUUGCGGAUGAGGUGGUUGAACUGUUCCGCAGCGCCCUGCAGCUUCACCACAAGUUAAAAAGUGCCCAGUCAAAGGCAGAGGUUAAAGAUGAGCAGCUAGAGCCAGAGGAGCUCUCUGAACUGACCGCGUGUGAUUUGUCAUUUUGGAUUGCCUCCACGUUCCAAGAUAGCCGCCGAGAGCAACAGAGUUUGCUGGAGGAGCCAAGUGUUGUUGGACGGUUAAAACUGGAGAAGGAAAUGUUGGGCGGGACUGUGAAGUAUCUUUCGGCAAUGUCUGCCUUGACCACAGCAUUGACUGACACAGAAUCUAGUGAACAGAGCCCAGAGCAGCCUGGACCAGACUAA